AAUUAAGAUUCAUCUUAUAGCAAUUUUAUUUUCUUUAAAAAAGAAUUAAACAUCUAUUAUAAAUGUGUAAAUCUUUAUUAUGAUUCAUCUUAAAAUUUAUACUGUUUUAAAUCCCAAAACCGACCUUGAAUAUAUCACAAGAGUUUCUUAAUUUUUUGUUAUCAAAAUGUUAAUUGAGUCUCUGUUCAAGGGCCUCUCUAAGUAGUUAAGAAUAAUAAUGACAUCUUUGAUCUAUGGAUACUUUUGAAAUGUGAGUAUUUUACUCAUCGUCAUACCAAUAUAAUAAAUUAACAAUAACUAAAUGGUCACAACUUGAAAUAUAUACAAUAUAUAACAAGUUAUCGGAUUAUGACAAGUUUACUGUUCACAUUUUCAAAAAACAAUUUGGUAAAACAAGAUCAAUAUUCCUCGUAUAUGCGACACAUUUACAUGUAUUUUAAUAUAUAACCCUUUUUGAGUUUGAGACAUUCAUUUUCUCCACUAACAAACUUUUCUCUCGGCUUAAACAAUGCCACGGCUAAGCAACGCCGCCGUGAUAACAACAAACGCAAUCCUCGCGUUGAUCGGCCUGGCCACCUUAUGUUUCUCUAUCUACCUCUUUGUGAAAGGCCCAACGGAAUGUCAACAGUUCAUCCAAAACCCUCUCAUCGUGACAGCAACUCUCCUCUUCUUCAUAUCUUCCUUAGGCCUCAUCGCGGCUCUCUACGACAACUACAUCAUCAUUACUCUCUACCUAUUCUUCCUCUUCCUCUCCCUUCUCCUCAUCUUGGGCUUCUCCAUCUUCAUCUUUCUUGUAACUAAUGCCUCAGCGGGAAAAGCGUUUUCGGACAAGGGUAUAGGAAAGGCUAAGACCGGUGAUCUUCAAAACUGGAUAGGGAAUCAUUUUCUUCAAGGUAAGAACUGGGAAGGGAUUAAAAGAUGCAUGGCUGAUUCUACCAUUUGUAGGUUUGGUCCACGUGACGUCCACUUUGACGCCAAACAUCUCUCACACGUAAAGUUCGGAUGUUGUCGACCACCAGUAGAAUGUGGGUUCGAGCCAAAGAAUGUUACGUUUUGGACAGUUCCAGCGACAUCAAGCGCAGAGAUCACUGGGGACUGCAAGACGUGGAGUAACACACAGAGCCAGCUGUGUUAUGCUUGCGAGACAUGCAAGGUUGGAGUUUACAAAGGGGUAAGGAGAAGAUGGAGGAUUCUUCUCGUCUUCAAUCUUCUUCUUAUCCUUCUCGUGGUUCUUCUUUACUCAUGUGGCUGCUGUGUGAGGAAAAACAAUCGUGUCCCGUGGAAGCGUCGGUUCCUCUAAAUACCUAUCCUUCAUUUUGUUUCUUUUUUUCUUCUCAAAAUUAUAUCAAUUAAUCCUUCAUUUUUUUUCUUGAUGUUUGAUACUUCUUGAACAUGUAUACUGGUUUGGUUGUAUUAACGUGUGAAUGCAUUGAUGGAGACAACUAUGAGAACAUCCUAUCUCAAACC